AUGAACCUGACAGAGUUUAAUCAGUCUGAUCGCUGUGAGCAUUUCUCCUGUCCAGAGAGAUCUGUAUCUCCUGUAGUUUAUAUCUUACUGUACAUGUGUUCAGCUGCUGUGGUUCUGCUAACAAUGUGUGGAAAUCUGCUUGUCAUCAUCUCUGUUUUUCACUUCAAGCAGCUUCACACACCGACCAACAUGCUCUUGCUCUCUCUGGCUGUGUCGGAUUUCUUCGUGGGUGCUUUUCUAUUGUCGCCAAUGUUAAUCUGGACUAUUGAGUCAUGCUGGAUUUUUGGGAGAAGUUUCUGUUCCAGUUUUUGGUUGAUAACUGGUUUCCUCACAGCCUCGUCCAUCUAUAAUAUCGCUUUGAUUGCUGUGGAUCGGUAUUUGGCUCUCUCAAUCCCCUUUCUCUACAUGAACAGAGUGUCUGUAAGGAUCACUUGUAUUGUAAUUGUUUUUGACUGGUGUGUGGUGGUGGCCUAUAAUUUGGCACUCUUUUAUUUCAGUGGAAACUUCAAGGGUUUUAUAAUAUGUCCUGGAGAGUGUUUUCUCUUUCUGAAUGAGGUUUGGACUGUAAUUGACCUUAUAUAUUCAUUUAUAUUUCCACUCUCUGUCAUUAUCAUAUUGUAUACUCGAGUUUUUAUGAUUGCUAAGAAACAUGCCACUGCUAUCAGAGAGCUUAAUAAUCACAUACGGCCUAAAACUCAGAAAAUCACCUCACACUCGAUGAAAUCUGAGCGAAAAGCAGCUAAAGUACUUGGAAUUUUAGUGGCUGUGUUUCUGAUGUGUUUACUUCCAUAUUUUAUUAAUAGUUUGUUAGGUGAUGUUAUUGAAAUACAGACAAAAACAUUUCAGAAACUUGUGAUUGUGGUUUAUCUUAAUUCAACGAUUAAUCCAGUUAUUUAUGCUCUGUUUUACCCGUGGUUUAGGAGGUGCAUUAAAUUAAUUAUAACUCUGCAAAUAUUCCAAACAGACUCUGCAUUAAUAAAUGUUCUUUCAUGA